AUGCGUCACUUUGAGACGCGUGAAGCUAUUGACUGGCCGGCUAAGAUCUAUAAAUCAUGGGAUUUCAGUGAGGAAGGAGCAUGUGCCCGACUAGAGGCUUUUCUCAAUGAUUGUGUGUAUAGACAUGAAAAAGAGUCUGGCAGGGUGGAUGCCCCAAAUACCAGCUGUCUGCCGCCCUACCUUCACUUUAGCCAGCUCAGCCCAUGCAGGCUAUUGUGGGAUGCCAAAGAGGCACAAUGUCGACCCCCAAAGUUCCAACCCAAACUGGCAUGGAGAGAUUUGGCUUCCUGUCAGCUGAUAUUGUUUCCUGACCUCCCCUGGGAAUCCAUUAGACCGCCAUACAAAGCUCUGCGGUUGAACAGUGGUUUUGGCCACCUGAAGGCCUGGCAGCAAGGGCGAACAGGCUACUCGCUGUUGAACGCAGCCAUGAGGAAGCUGUGGCGGACAGGCUGGAUGAACAACUUGAGACAUGUGGUGGCGUCUUUCCUCAUAGCGUAUCUCUACCUGCCCUGGGAAGAAGGCCAUCGCUGGUUCCAGACAUAUCCUGAGGGAAUAGUUACAGACCUGGAGGAGCGGAGUCGUUUUCUGCAAGAUGUAGCUCUGGUGCGGAAACAGUAUCGACGGUAUGUGGACAAGUGCCCAGGGUGUGACUUGGUGCCUCUUGGUCGCGGUGUGGAGACAGAAGGGAAGCGGUUCCUAUCGCCUGUUAUCACCUGCAUGGAGUUCAAACACCAGUACAAAGAUCCAGAUGCAGAUGCCCCCUUAAAUCCCUAAAAUGCUGUUAUAAAAGGAUACGUGUGCCACAAGAGGGAUGACAAAAUUUCUUUCCUUAACGAGAGAGACUUUACUGCUAGUGUGAUGCACGAGGGAGUUCAGAGAAAGGAGAGGCUGGAGAAGGAUCGUCGCAGAAUCAAUGGACUCCCUCCGGCCAGACAAACUCCAACAUCCAAGGACCUGGGACCUGGUGGAGCAGUCUCCUCACUCAGGUGAACCAGAGAUCAAGACUAAAGGUUUACAGGUUGUAAGGGACUAGAUGGUUUCUAGUUGUAAAAUGCACAAGCACAAAAUGUUACAGAACAAUAGUCUUUAAGCGCAAAGAUAGGGAAAUGACAACGCUGUGGACAGAGUGAGAAACAUGCAUUUGUUGUGAGACAGCUUUGCCAGAGCAUUGCAAAAUGAUGUACAACAAGUAUUCUGUAUAAUCUAAGGUAGUGCUGUAUACCAUUGCCUUUGAAUCCACACACUCCAGAGUCAAUUCAUGAAUCUGUAAAGAUAGUAAAUAGUGUAACUACUUGACAAUUCUGUCUAUCAGACAAAUUAUACCAGCCUAGUUGAAACAUUGGUCUGGGUCCACGAAAUAUUUGGUGCCAAUGCAGCCUCCUUUCUUAAAGUCUGUCUGCAUUUUAAACACAAAACUGAGUUCAUUUGGUGCAUCUCAGCAGGUCAAUAAAAAAAAAAAAAAGAUUUCUAUUGUCCAGUGUUUAAAAACCUAUAUAUGUAUAUGUAAACAGCAGUAAUUUAUCAAACUACUUACAUCAAGAUGGAGUUUGUAUCAGGCACCAAUCUGCUGAUUUUAAUUUAGGUCUAGAGGCUACAU